UCCGGCAAUCGGAGAAACGAUAACCAAGGUUAAAAAGGGACGAAAUGUGGAAGAUCUUCUCUUCUGCUCAAGAUCAACAAUCCGUCAACAAUAUGGAGAAGAGAAGGAAGAACCUUGACUCUCGUUCUCGUUCUCGUCCAGUCUCGAGCCAGUCCAGUCCCGUCGACAGUCCUUGAGCUUGACUUGACUCUUGAGACAUCCAUGAUCGGAUAGAAAUUAAGCGAAACCCCGAUGGCGAAAAAUUUGAUUUUCACAAGCAAAAAAGUAGGAAAAGUAAAAGGAAAAGCCCAGACAAAAUCCGAAUUCAAUCCGACCCUUUAUCUUUGAAAAUCCUAUCCAUGGAUCCAUCCAUCUUACUAACAAUUUCGAUAUUUCCUAUAAACUUUAUACCUUGAUACCUUUAUAACUAUCUGACUCUUCCUCAUAUCCUACAUAUCCUACAUAUCCUACACAUCAUACAUUGGUUUUUCGCGAUACAAUAGAUUAAUAGAAACACAAUAAAUCAGAAUUCUUUCAAUCAUCAAUCAAUCAAGUCGUUCCUCCAGUCACGAUCGGCAAUUACUCAUCGAUACUUAAAAAUCCCAUCCCUCUAAGAUUAAAAAAAAGAAGGGUCCAAAUCUCCAACAAGCACACGACCAAAGGCACACGAUCAAAAUGAAGGUCUUUUCUAGCGAUUGCAAAUUCGAUUACUCAUGGGAAGAGGUUUCAACUGCAAACUGGAGAAAGUAUUGUCCAUGGAAUCAUAAAUCUACUCAUGUUAUCGCCGUCGAUACAUUAUCACGACAUGUCGAUGCUGAAACUGGAAUUCUACGAACUGAACGUUUAAUUACCUGCCAACAAUCAGCUCCAAAAUGGCUUCAAUCUCUCAUGGGCGGUAAAGAUACAUCCCACGUCUUCGAAACCUCAUACGUCGAUCCUGUUACCAAAAAAGUUACAAUGACUUCUACCAAUCUCACAUUUUCCAACAUCAUCAAUGUGCAAGAAACAGUCGUCUAUCAACCUUUAUCAGCAAACACAACGCAAUUUGUACAAACGGCACAGAUUACUGCAUUAUGUGGUGGAUGGCAAAAAGUGAAGAAUGCAGUUGAGGAUGCGACAGUUACGGCUUUUUCGGAAAAUGCACGAAAAGGAAAGGAGGGAUUCGAAGCAGUUUUGGCCAUGAGCAGGAGGGUUUUCAGUGAGGAGAAAAUGAGACAGCAACAAGCCGCUACCGUUACUGCAUAAAGUUUGAAAUUUGAAAGGAGUUUUGGAGAGGGGUUUGCAUGCAGAUAUUCCGGUUCGGUCCGAGAUGUACAUGAUGAGAUUCAUAUUAUUCGAAUCUCAUUACAUCACGACUCCAACGAUUUCUCCCUUAUUCUUUUUCUCCUCUCCACUUCACUUCAACGAUCUCCUUACUUCACUUUGCCAUUUACGAAUUUUACAUCAUCUGGGGAGUUUUGGGAUUUUUCAUUACAGGUCCCGGUAUACAAAAAAGUCCACUUUUGGAGUUCUAGAAGGAAAGUUCUCGGUUGCACAUUCUAAUUUAAGCGCGGCGUUACAAAAGGAUAAAUGGGAUUGGGUUAGGUUGGGGUUUGCUUCACAAAGAAGAUUGUCUUUUGUUGUCUUUGAAUGAAAAAGUUAUGAUGUUCAAAGAAGUUUUUCAUCCUCAACGCUGAUGUGGGUUAUUGUUACGAUACAGAUACCCCUUUUUUUCCUUUUUUCCUUUUUGUUGUGCUUUUUUUUUCUUCUUUGAAAGGGGAGAUAAAAAUAGAUGGAUAGAUGGGUGGGUUGGUUUAUAGAUGAGGCUGAAUAGGGAGGGAUGCAGAUAGAAUGAGCGAGUCAGUGAGGGACUUGAAGAGGAAGAGAAUCAUUAGACUUUACUUUGAACUGUGGUGUUUUAUAUGAGUGAG